GUCAUGCAGAAGAAUUGGAAAACUUGUGACUUAUCAAAAAGAAAUAGAAAACUUAUUGAUAAACAUAAUUGUGGAUAACAACAACAUUCUUUACUGUAGAUAACAAUAACAUACUGUGGAUAACAACAUUCUUUGCUGUGGAUAACAAUAACAUACUGUAGAUAACAACAUUCUUUACUGUGGAUAACAACAACAUACUGUGGAUAACAACAUUCUUUACUAUGGAUAACAAUAAUAUUCUUUAUAAAUGCUAAGUAUUCUUUUCUUAACAGUGAACCUAACAUAUUUGUUUUCAACUCAUUCCAAAGCUCUUACCAUGAAGACCUAUGUAACACUUACUAUGUUAAUAUGGUGGUUUUAUUGUCUAUUUUUUUUGUCGUUUCCGUUUGUUAGGUUGUUUGUGUUGGCCGAAGAACCAUACAAAUCAGCCAUUGGUGAUCCUGGGAUGAGAAGAGAUGGCCUUAGAGUUGCAAUUGAGGCAUGGAAUCAAUGCAAUGAGGUAGGCGAAGAAGCUCCUAAUAUGGGCAGUCCAAGGAUGGCAGAUUGCUUUGAUGUUAUUCACUCAUCACCCAUCAAGUUAGUUCACAAGGUGAAUGAAGAAGACAACAGACUUGGUGUAUCGAAUGCCCUAUUCAAACGGUCAAGUAUCAUGAAUGUCAACCAAUAUGCACCAUGGAAGGAGAUUUAUUUGGGUAAAAAAUGCCAAGUAGAAGACCAGCCAAGGCCGUGGCAAUUUUGGAUGAUAAUGCUCAAGAGUGGCAACAUGGACACACAAGCUGCUGUAUGCCCUGAAAACGGAAAAAAGACAGAACCCUUUUCACCACAGCCUAGGUUUCCAUGCUUCGGACAAGGGUGCAUGAACAUGCCAUUGAUAUACCAUAACUACACGACACUACAAGGAGAAGAAGGAAACAAUUCUCUUAGGGGAAGUUUCUAUGGGACAUGGGAUUUGGAUGCUGAUGUUACAAAAGCAGCCACCGAAAAUGACAGUUCCUAUCAUUCAGUCACUUGGGAGAAGGAGGUUGGAACGGGAAGUUGGCUUUUUCAUCAUGUCUUGAAGACGUCAUCAAAAUACCCUUGGUUGAUGCUAUACUUAAGGUCAGAUGCAACAUCAGGGCUAUCCAGCGGGUAUCAUUAUCAGACAAGAGGGAUGUCAAAAAUUGUGCCGAAGUCACCGAAUUUCAAAGUGAGAUUCACCCUAGAUAUAAAGCACGGAGGGGGUCCAAAAAGCCAGUUCUACCUGAUGGACAUCGGAAGCUGUUGGAAGAACAAUGGGCAGCCUUGUGAUGGGGACGUGACAACGGAUGUGACCAGAUACAGCGAGAUGAUCAUAAACCCGAAUAUAGACUCCUGGUGCAACCCAAACAACCUUGGGUCCUGCCCGCCUUAUCACACCCUUCCAAGUGGAGUUCGUAUCCAUAGAACAGAUAAAGAUAACUAUCCCUACGGGGCUUAUCAUAUUUAUUGCGCUCCAGGCAAUGCUGAAAGUCCUGAGGAGCCCUAUAACUUCUGUGAUUCAUAUAGCAAUCCUCAACCUCAGGAAAUUCUGCAAAUUCUCCCUCACCCAGCUUGGGGACAAUACGGAUACCCAACAAAGAAGGGAGAGGGUUGGGUUGGGGAUAAAAGAACUUGGGAACUUGAUGUUGGAAGACUAUCUCAAUCACUUUAUUUCUAUCAGGAUCCUGGCACUGAACCUGUGGAGAGACAUUGGCCAUCAAUUGACCUGGGAACUGAAAUAUACAUGAGCGGUAACCAAGUUGCUGAGUGGACGGUUAGUGACUUCGACAUUAUCAUUCCAAGAGAUGAUAAUUAGCAAUCUUAUUGGCAAAUCAUCACAAGAUCAUAAUUUCCUUGCAUAUUAGAGAUGUGGAAGUUGCACCACCCAAGGCAAAUAAAAAACAUAGUUUGAGUUUUAUGGAUUAGUGAUGUAUGGAUUUCUAGGCUUGAAUCUAUAGCACUUUUGAAUUUUCUCCCUUUUUCCCCUUCUUUUUAUCCCUUUUCUUCCCUUUUUCUUCUUCCUCUUCUUGUUCUUGAUUCUACCAGCAAGUUCUUCAUUUUGUUUGAUUAAGGGACAUGAGAUUCUAUAA